AUGCCACUCAUGCGAUAUUACGCUCACGACUAUCGCCCGGACAUGACCGUGGAAGCUCCAUCUCGCUAUGGAUCCUUGCUCCAUCUUGGAAAUGUCUAUAAGGAUGGUUACUACGCUUACAAUCCCACCUACGAUCUGAACCGUAGCGUCCAUGGAAAAUCUCCUGGCUGCUCGUACACUUACCGCAUGAAUGUGACAAUACAUGACCCGGAAAAUUAUAGCCAAACUCUGUGCUAUGACCCAACGACAAUAGCAAAGAAGAAGAAAGGUCGGGUACGAGCAGCGUUAAUUGAUCUUUUUGGAAGAUCGUCAAGACGGGAUCUGUUCCGGCCGGAUUCAUUGAAGAAAGACGAGUAUUGUUGUGAAACGCCUAAGAAUGGCCAGCUAACGAAAGGCUAUAAUUAUACGCCUGCAUCUUCUUCGAAAAAUGUUCGAAAUCGUGCUCCAAGCGCAGAUGCAGCGAUUUUUCUUAUGCCUGAAUCGAAUCGUGAGAGGAAACGAUAUCGUGAUCAGCGUGCGGAGCGGCAGCGAUAUGAGUCUUCUGAAGCAAAGCCUCCGAGAACGGUAGAGCACGAUGGGAAAGCUAGGAGGAGGAGAAGUAAAUGUUUUCAUUGUGUACUUCAAACUUUUGCGCAUUGUUCCACUGACCAUAGCUUAGCUGGAUGGUUAUCUAAGAAUCGAGCAGCUUUAAAAUUCUUAAGGGAUAUUUUUGUUCGAAAAAUCAUGAUGAAAUGUUUCUGA